AUGGUCUCCCCCGCAAGACCCCUCACCAGCUCCAGUGCGCGGUGCAAAGCACCUGACUCAAUUGACGACAAUGCUACCGCUAUUGCUGAACCCCUGUCUCCGCCACCACCGAUCCCAUCUCCCUGCUCUCCCUCCCUUCCGCCUUCUCGGGGCUCUAGUCUACGAAUCGAAUCGCAGAAUGGAGACUCCAAGGAGCCAUCAGUUCCCUCUCCAGAGCCCCCUUCGUCGUCUAUCAAGCCAAUUCAUCGUGUGGAGUACGAGGGCAGGAAGGAUUCUGGUCUAGCUCCAUCAAGGAGAGAUAGUAGAACAACUCUAGCUUCAGACGAACUCUCUGCCCCGAGCCUAAAAUCACCUCCCAGUAUCCCAAGCAUCAUAAUCGAUGAAAAACACGCCCGUCCGAGUUCACGACGAUCAGAGCGGAAAUGGAGCCCCCUCAAAAAACGGAAACCUGAUCCUCUUCCGGCUGUCCCACCCCUUCCACCCCUCGAGCCCGUGCCGUUUCGUGGAAUUACGCUGGAUAUCCCAACUGGUUCCUUUGGAGACCUGACUACAGAUUCCUUAGAAUCAAUUGCUGAAAGCCCAAAUAAUAAUACCGAAAAUCCUUCUGGAGCAGAGGUUGACGGGAGUCAGUCGAAGGAAAAUCAGGAUAGCAAAGCGAGUCCCACGAGCGGUGGAGGAAAUAAUAGCAACACUACACUAGGCGUUCACGGCAAAGUCAGGACCGCUACGUCUCUAAGUUCGAGGCAUGUCACAUCAAACAAUUCUCUACGUCCUCGUCCAGUCAGCUCUGCAGCUCGAGCAUUGUCGGUCGAUGAGGAAGUACUAUCACAAAAGGUGCGGCUGAUGUAUGAGAUAGGAGAUGACGAUGUCGACGAUGCAAAGGUUAAUGAACUGUUAGGCUUGGAUAAUGAGGAGGCUAUACUACAUGAGCCAUGCGCUCUUCCAGCCUCAGGUGACGGCGGUGAAAAAGAACGAGCAAAAUCACCUACUCCCUCAGUUUCCGGGCGGGGUUCGAGAAGAGGAAGUUUUAUCACAAGAGAGCCAUUUGAGCUUGCUGGCGGGUUAGAGGACUGGGAAAAUAUUCAAGUUGGCGACGUUGACCGAUAUGGUUUCAUCAUUCCCCGACAAAAGGGCGAGGAUACUCCAGACGCACCCCCUCCGGUUCUUCAACGAGUCUCAACGAGCUUACUGCUCGCAUCCACAACUCCGCGCCGGAAGCGUACGCUGCGGAGGGAACCUUCUGCUGCGCCUAGCUCCCGGUCCUUUGCCGGCCGGUCUCCGCCUAGGAAAUCGACAGAGCAAUCCCGCCCCACAUCUUCCCAGAGCUCCUAUCAAAUAAGCAUUCACAGAUCAUCCUCGAGAAUGCGAUAUGCGGCAAACAGGCUACCACAUAACAAAAAUCGCAAAUUCGUUGAUGAAGCUAGUGACAUGUUAACUCUCCCAGGUCAAAUUGUCGAGGAUGAUAACAGCCCACAUGCCCUUGCAAUGAAGAAAAAGGAAUGGGAGAGAGAAGAUAAGUGGAGAAAGAUGGCCAAGGUCGUGUCUAAGCCUCAGGACGGUGCUGGUAUGACAUUCGAAUUCGACGUAAAGAGCUCAAAACUUAUCGAACGGACUUGGAAAGGAAUACCCGACAGGUGGCGAUCAACUGCCUGGUAUGCGUUUCUAAAUGCCAGUGCGAAGAAACAGAAGGAUAGCCCAACAGAUACAGAGCUCAUCCGGACGUUCAAUGAGCUCCAAGAGCUGGGCUCCCCCGACGACGUGCAGAUUGAUAUUGAUGUUCCACGGACGAUUAGUAGCCAUAUUAUGUUCCGUCGUCGCUAUCGAGGGGGCCAGAGGCUUCUCUUCCGCGUCCUUCAUGCGAUGUCCCUCUACUUCCCAGACACGGGGUACGUUCAGGGAAUGGCUGCGCUUGCCGCAACUCUUCUUGCCUAUUACGAUGAAGAGCAUACCUUUGUUAUGCUCGUGAGGCUAUGGCAACUUAGGGGUUUAGAUCGUCUCUAUCGAUCGGGAUUUUCGGGAUUGAUGGAAGCACUUGGUAAUUUUGAGAAGGAAUGGCUUGAAGGGGGUGAAGUUGCUGAGAAACUGACCGAACUUGGAAUUCCCCCAACGGCGUACGGCACCCGAUGGUACCUGACCCUAUUCAACUACUCAAUCCCUUUCCCUGCGCAGCUCCGCGUCUGGGACGUUUUCAUGCUCUUAGGAGACUCAGAGGAACCGAUAUCCACAUCCGCCUCCGCAACCAGAUCCCCAACAAGCUCCCGUAUUGGCACUGGCACUGUAAAUGGGAACGCUGAACCAAACCCACUAGCAUCGUCAUCGGAGCUACCGACGCAACCUCUCGCUAGCCCCUUCGGGAAAAGCCUCGAUGUCCUUCAUGCCACCUCUGCUGCCCUUAUCGAUGGGAUGCGCGAUAUCAUCCUAGAAUCCGAUUUCGAGAACGCCAUGAAGGUGCUUACGAGCUGGAUUCCCAUUAAAGAUGUGGAGGUCUUCAUGCGCGUUGCGAGGGCCGAGUAUAAGGUUCAUCGUCGGAAGAAGGGUUGA